AUGAUUUUAUCGGAAACGAAGACAUUUCAGCGUCUUACCACAGCCCUUUCCUUGCAGUCGGAUAAGCGAAGAGUCAUUUUACUUUCAGGGCAACCAUAUCUUCGAAGCAACGUGUACAGAAUUGAUGUACCUGAUGCAAAAAUUUACUGGUCAGUCUUAUUUCCAAGUUAUUCACCUCCUGACUAUACCGAUCCUUCUUUAAGCGGUAAGUCAUGGGCUGAUGGUCCUAUUUCUCUCAAUUCUUCUUUCAAAUGGAAUAGUCUUGAUGGAAGUGUGGAUCGUCUCUCAUACAUUCAGUUAUCAAUGUUUUAUUUUUUCCUUUAUUUCUGCUAUUUCUUAUAUCUUCUCGUCUUCGACGGUCGUCCUCUUAAUCCAAUGGGGCGAACUGGUCUUAGAGGACGUGGAGUUCUAGGUCGUUGGGGACCAAACCAUGCCGCUGAUCCAAUUGUUUCUAGAUAUUUUAAAGGUCAUCUCCAGUUCAUUGGUAUUCAGAGAAGUGAUACUGGCGAAUGGGCAAUUCCAGGUGGUAUGAUAGAUCCAGGCGAGAUGGUUUCGCACACACUAAAGAGGGAAUUCACGGAAGAAGUCCUUGAUGGAAUAGAUGAUAAAAGGCUGAAUUCAUUUUGGGAAAAAGGCGUAGAGUUAUAUCGCGGUUAUGUUGAUGACCCCCGCAAUACAGAUAAUUCAUGGAUGGAAACAAUUGUUGUGAAUUUCCAUGACCAUGAUGGAAUCUUAAAAGAUAUGCAAUUAAAGGCUGGAAGUGACGCAAUAAAUGUUCGAUGGAUUGAAAUAAGUGCAAAUGAAAAAUUUUAUGCUUCACAUGGGGAUUUUAUUCGUCUACUAGCAGAUCAUCAUAAAAUACCAAUUUAA